AUAUAUAUAUAUAUAUAUAUAUAUAUAUCUUCAAGCUGUGAUCAUAAGCUGAGAGAGCCAAAAUUUAGAGGUUUAAUUAAGAGGCUGAUACCUUGGUUUCUUGCUGGGGCAUGAGGUUUGAGGUUGUUUCUUCAUUUGUUUUUAGUGAUCAUUCAUGAAAUAUGUAAGGCGGAUUGAGACGAGACUUUGACAGAGGCCACUAGAUCCUGGGCUUAAUCGCAGCCGGAAUAGGACGAGGAUUCGAGAUCGUGAGCUCAAUCACAGCCGAGAUAAGACGAGGAUUACACAGAGGCUCCCAAAGAAUGAUAAGAUGGCAGCAGCAGCCUUCUCCACAAAAGAACAUGAAGCCAAAGAAGAGACGCAUCCUCAACCCUCAGGGGAAUUUCCUGCAGAAAUGGAACAAGAUAUUCGCGGUGUCCUGCAUCAUCGCCGUCUCCCUCGACCCUCUCUUCUUCUACAUUCCGAUGAUCGUACGCGACCAGUUCUGCCUAACUCUCGACAGGAAGGUCGAGAUCGCCGCCUGCGUGCUUCGCUCUAUGGUGGAUAUCUUCUACGUGUUUCACAUCGUUCUGCAGUUCCGGACCGGGUUCAUCGUCCCCUCGUCGCACGUGUUUCGGAGGGGCAAGCUGGUGAAGGACUCGAGGGCCAUAGCGAAGCACUACCUGCGCUCCUACUUCGUGGUGGACGUGCUGUCAAUCCUGCCGCUGCCGCAGAUGGUGGUGCUGAUGGUGAGGCACGCAGUGAAGGAGCCGGUUGCGCACGUGAUGAAGGAGAUGCUCAAGGCGGUUAUCUUCAUCCAGUACAUUCCGAGGGUCUGGCGGAUUUAUCCGUUGUACCAGGAAGUUACUAGAACGUCCGGGAUCUUUACAAAGACGGCCUGGGCCGGAGCUUCUUUCAACCUCUCCCUUUUCAUGCUCGCAAGCCAUGUAACUCUCUCUCUCUCUCUCUCUCUUUAUAUAUAUAUAUAAGGCACUCCAG